AUGGAGAAAGAGGAAGAAUGCACAUCUACUAGCCGACCGCUAUUUUUUUCAGAAAACAGUAAUUCUAUGCAUACCCCAAAUGUGAGAGAUGACAAGGUAGUGACUGAUAAUCACGGUGUAGUGUUGAGGAAUGAUGAUGAUGAUGUGGUUUUAGAGCCAACGCCGAGAAAUGAUAAUGAUGGGGUUUUAGAGCCAAUGUUGGGAAAUGAUGAUGACAGAGUUUUAGAACCAACACCGGGAAAUGAUGAUGAUGGGGUUUUAGAGCCAACGCCAGGAAUGUUUUUUAAAACUGAGAAAGAACUCAUUUACUACUACAAACAAUAUGGGAGACAGUCUGAAUUCGGCAUAAUGACCCAAAGAAGUAAAAGGAAAGAUGAUGGGAGUGUUAGAUAUGUAACACUUGGUUGUGCUCGUGGUCGUAAGGUAAGGAAACGUAUUACCAACAUUUCUAAACCACGCUCGAUAACGAAGAUUGAUUGUAAUGUGAGAAUUAAUGCAGUUUUGGCUGAUGGUAUCUUACAUAUAACUAUUGUCUGCAAUUCACAUAAUCAUGAGUUAAGUUUACAAAAGGCAAGAUUUUUUAGAUGUAAUCGUGCAAUUGAUGAUUUCGUGAAGAGACAGUUAGAUAUUAACAACAAUGCAGGCAUAGGUAUGGCCAAAAGUUUUAACGCAUUAGUUAUCGAGGCUGGUGGUUUUGAGAAAUUUACAUUUAUUGAAAAAUAUGCAAGGAAUUAUACAGACAAGGCUUGA